AUGAUUGCAAACAAUUCUUCAACCUGUAAUUUGUUAUUAAAUUUAUUCCGUCUUCAUCGUUCUACUUCUGCAAAUUUCAGUUUCGGCUUUACGGAUAGCCAGCAGCAAUUAAAUGAAGCUGCACGUAAAUUUGUGGCUGAUGAAGUGAUACCAGUAGAAGCUAAUUACGACAAGAGCGGUGAAUUUCCAUGGGAUGUGCUUAAAAGAGCUCAUGCUAAUGGAUUCAUGAAUACAACCAUCCCUAGAAAUUACGGUGGCUUGGAAUUAGAUAUGGUCACAAAUACUCUAAUUCAUGAAAGAUUCGGAUAUGGUUGCACAGGUAUAAGCACAGCGAUGUUGACGAAUAUCCUCGCUGAAACGCCGUUGAUUUUAGCAGCUAGCAGUGAAAUUAAAAAAAAGUAUCUAGGACGAAUGAUCGAUGAGCCUUUAAUGGCUUCGUAUGCAGUCACAGAAUCAUGCGCCGGUUCAGAUGUCGCGGGUAUACGGACUUGUUGUAAGAAGAAAGGUAGUGAUUAUAUCAUUAAUGGAUCCAAGAUGUGGAUUACCAAUGGUGGAGUUGCGAAUUGGUUUUUCAUACUUACACGAAGUAAUAAAGAUCCGAAAACACCUUCUAAUAAGGCCUUUACGGCAUUUGAAAUAAACAUGGGACAGCGCGCAUCAGAUACACGUGCAAUAACAUUUCAAGAUGUUCAAGUGCCAAAGUCACAAAUGAUUGGUAGUCCUGGCGAGGGUUUUAAGAUUGCUAUGAUGACUUUUGAUACUACUAGACCACUGGUGGCGGCAAUAGCAACCGGAUUAUCGGCUCGCUGUCUGGAUGAAGCUAGCAAGUAUGCAUUGGAAAGAAAAACAUUCGGUGCUCGAAUAGCUAUCAAUCAGGGCAUAUCAUUUAUGUUGGCUGAUAUGGCUAUAAAUUUGGAGCUUUCACGGCUGAUGACUUAUCGAAGUGCAUGGGAAGUGACGCAAAAGUCAACUGCUUCAUACUAUUCUUCCAUUGCUAAAUGUUUUGCUGCAGAUACUGCCAAUAUUGCCGCAUCAAACGCCGUUCAGAUUUUUGGUGGGAACGGAUUCAAUACGGAAUAUCCAGUGGAGAAGUUAAUGCGUGAUGCAAAAAUACUGCAAAUUUAUGAAGGCACCAAUCAGAUCCAAAGGAUUAUUAUCGCUCGGGAAUUAACUGCACGAAUUCGAAAAACAGGAACCACGACUAUGCUUUCACGAUAG